AUGACGACUCGCCCCAUCGGCAUUAAGAUAUUUCUCUACAACUCUUAGUAAGCCUUUUCUUGAAGUCUUCAAUGAUUUCCCUUGGAUCAAGAACCAACUCGAACCAAAAGAGACGAUCUUCUUCGUCAAAGUUGUUCAAUCCCCACUCGCUCUGGCCGAUCCAUCCACUCGGCUCGCCGUACUUGCAACAAGCCAACCUCAGACCCUUGACACCCCCGUGCUCGCCCUCCAGCCCUCCAGAUGCUCGGAUGCCCCUUCUGGCAAGGCAUGGAAGCAGCCGGAGAGUUUAUUCGCCCGCAUUGCUUUGUCAAACCAGCGUAAACACUCACAUACACACACGGGGGCAUGCCGCACUUCUUCAAAGAAAGAAGCUGUGGAGUCGUUUCCGCGGGACCGCCAUGAAGAAUUUGUUGGCGCGGGGUGUAGUUUCUUUCCACCGCCAGCUUAUGGAUGUGAGCGAGUCAUACCAAGAGCAAGAGGUACCUGCAGCCGGGCCCGAAUUUCAACCCCGACACAUGUCACUCAGUCGUCACUCAAGAGGCAGACGGGAUAGUCUUCAGAAACUGGUGUGACGUCAACCUGACCAAUUGGCGGGGUGAAGCUCUUCAUGCACUCCCUGAGCCCAUCCCCCCUUUUCCGCGCCUAGACAGCACAUUCCGCUUCGUGCCAGGGGGAUAAGCUCAACGGCAUCCCGGACAAGCUGCUUGUUUUCCAAUGGUGGGGUCAGUGCCUCAAGAUAAUCACCAUGAUGGCCAGACC